AUGAUACUAUUUCGAUUGGCCAUAGCUUUGCUGACUAUAUAAAGUUGUUCAUCUCAAUCUACUCAAUGGGUAGUUACUCAUCACGAAGGGUGGGAUUCAGGGUUUAAUCAAUAUCAAUCAGAUAUAGGGUUAGUCACUGGCUGCCAGCGUCCAAAUUAUUAAAUCAUUAGAUCAAAUCCUUACUUAUAGAAAACUAUUUCUUUAAGAAAUUUUAAACCUUUUGCUCAUUCCCUAGUAGUGAUUGAUUACUUAAGACCAUAGAAUAUGGAUGUGCAAAUCUAGAUAUAGAAUAAGACUUAUGAUCCAAAAGAAAUUGAUCAAAUGUAUGAACGAUAAAUUAUCGAUGAUUGUCUUGUGGGAGACAUUGAAUAUAUUGAGCAAACAUUUGCAUAAGAAAUAUUUGGGAAUUAAAUACAAGAACUCCACAUUGUGAUGAUAGGAGGUAAGUCUAAGAAAGGUGAAUUUACAGUGGCAAGUGAUUAAAAAAUUGCAAUCAAAUAAAUACACAUUCUAUAAUUACAAUGUCCUGAAUUUUGCAAGAGAUGUGUACAUAUAGAUAAUGAGGCAGUUUGUACUCAAUGUAAUGAUGGUUUUGAAACUCAUGGUUCAUCAAGCUGUACUUGCAAUGGAUUUAAUUAAGAUGGCAUUUGUGUAGAAAAAUGUUAUGACGGAUAUUCACCAGAUUUUUAUGAUAUAUGCCAAAACAGAGGUUUAAAUUAAAUUAAUAUUAGAAAUUAUCAAGACCAUCAAUGCUUAAUAAAAUCUGAGAAAGAGUUAUAGAAAAGAUGAACCAUUAGAAUUGGAAUUCGAUUUGGAAAGCUACAAAGCCUUUGAAUUAGACGUAGAAGUCUAAAUUUAUAAUUUUGAUGUAACAAUUCUAUAUAGUAUUUUAUAGUAAUUAUAAAUUUUCUAAUUUACAAUGAAUGAUGGACUUUUCGCUUAUUAUUUGAAUAUUGAUGCUGAACAAAAUGCUAUUAACUUUCAUGAAAUAUCUUAUAGAGAUUGUGAAUCUGAAUAAUUUUGCUAAAUCUAUCAUUUCAAAUCAAAAAUAUUAUAGCUAGAACAAAGUAAACUCAACUUAUAAGUUCGUUUAAUUCGAGAAUAACUUUCUGCUCAAUAGACAAAUGAAUAGCAGAAUAGAGUAAAUACAUAUUGGAAAUUAGUAAAUUUAAACAUUAAUGUCUUGAUGAUUUAAAACGAGAUACCAUAUUUUGAACAUUGUUCAGAAAUAGCUAAAUUUGGUUUCUAUGAUAAAUGCAUUAAAUGUUAGGCUCCAUAUGUUGUUUUGGAUGGAGAAUGCGUUGAAAAAUGCCCAUUAUAAUCACUCCAAGGAGAGGAUAUAUGUUUUGAUUCUAAUAUUCAGAAUACUCAAGUAUUGUAACUUGACGUAUUUAAUAAUAAAUAUCAAUACUUAAAUGAGAGAUAUUGGUUUUAUAAUGAGGAACCUUUGAUAAGUCUUCCUGAGCCCAAACCUUACUCAUACGAAUAUUUGAAACCACAUUAUGGAAUAUCAAUAUAAACAAAGAUCUUAUUUAUUGAUGAGAAUUCAAAAUUAAAUAUCACUUUAGAAGAUUAGGAAAUUUUGGUUACUCCAAGGAAUAAGGAUUAAUACAAUUAAGGUAACUAGAAUAAAUCUGAUCCAUUUGUAUAUCUUAAUUAUUUUAUUCCUCAUAAUGAUCAAAAUAUAAGCAUUUAAAUCCAAUCGUCAUAAAAAGUAAGAUAAUCUUAUAUUACUAAUACUGUCUUGUUAAUUCAUUAAUGCACUCCUUAUUGCAAGUCAUGCAACGGUCCAAAGAAAUCAGAUUGCUUAGAAUUUGCAACAGAACAUUAUGAAUUUAAUGCUAUAACUAAACAAUGCAAUCCAGGAUAUUUUGAAACAAAAGGAGAGUAUUGCAUUCCUUGCGGAAUCACUGAUUGUCUUGUUUGUUCAAAUGGUAUUGGUUGCUAGUAAUGCAAAUUAGGGUGCAAAUUAACAAAGUAUGGAAAAUGUGAUUGCUAUUGAAUCACAUAAUGUAUUAUUAAUAUUCAUUAAGAC